CCGCCAGCCAUGGCCACCGCGCCGCUCUCCCAAGUGCGCCAGAACUACCACCCCGACUGCGAGGCCGCCAUCAACAGCCAGAUCAACCUGGAGCUCUACGCCUCCUGCGUGUACCUGUCCAUGGCCUGCUACUUCGACCGCGACGACGUGGCCUUGAAGAACUUCGCCCAGUUCUUCCUGCGCCAGGCCCGCGAGGAGACCGAGCACGCCGAGAAGCUGAUGCAGCUGCAGAACCAGCGCGGCGGCCGCCUCCGCCUGCGCGACGUCAAGAAGCCGGACCGCGACGACUGGGAGAGCGGCCUGAGGGCCAUGGAGUGCGCCCUGCACCUGGAGAAGAGCGUGAACCAGUGCCUGCUCGACCUGCACCAGCUGGCCGCCGCCAAGAACGACGCCCACCUGUGCGACUUCCUGGAGCGCCACUACCUGCACGAGCAAGUCAAGUCCAUCAAAGAGCUGGGGGGCUAUGUCACCAGCCUGCGCAGGAUGCGGGCUCCCGAAGACGGCAUGGCGGAGUACCUCUUUGACAAGCUCACCCUGGGCGACGGCGACGAAAAGAACUGAGGUGGGACUGUUCCCCUAUAGCCCAGGGUGCGUGGCGACUUUCCCUGAUCACCAUGCCGAGCACGCAUACUGCAGCAUCGCCUUUGCGAAACGUUCCAGUUUUUUUCUUCCAGUUCUGCCAUAAAUAAAGUUAAUUUGGUUUCAAUAAAGUUAUUUGGUU